AUGUCUGACAAUUGCAUUGUAAUAGAAGGAAUUCCUCGAAGGGUACGAGUUCCUAUAUUAGUGAGGAAGUUGUCAUGGUAUAUUAAAGGACAUUUCUCACUUAUUGGGGUAUACGCAGACAAGGGUAGUUUAAACAAGUGCUACAUAACAAUGUCACCAAAACUGUAUCCUCCAUAUGUCGUGAAGAAUCUUAAUCAGGCAGCAUUUGGACCAAACAGACUCUCCGCAUCAAUUUGCAAAAACCCACCUGUGAGAAAAACUCCAAAACGAGUUAGGGGCUUACCUGAAACUCUGCGCAAAAUGAUGCGCAUCCCCCUUGAAAUGUCUCCGAAUGAGGUACUUCUAAGUGUUCUAAAUGAGAGUAUUGAAGAAUUGGUAUACAAGUAUACUGGAUUAGUGGACCUUAGUAAAAAAACUGACCACAAACUGAUGGAGAAUAUUUGUCUUACGAUAGCUGAUCGUAUUAAGAAACUGGCAAAUACAAGUACGAUACUGGAUUCAGCGUUUGAGUUGAGCAAAAGCUACAGGAAAGCAUAUCCCCAUUUUGGUGAUUUCCAAUUAAUUUUAUCCACAUUACACGCAAUAGAAGACUCCAAAGGACAGGCUCGCUCACAAAUAAGUGAGAAGGAUCUUAACGCACAAUAUUAUCAAGACUAUGUACUCAGCAACAACCGUUCCGAAAAAAUUCAGUCCAUCUGUCAAAAAUAUUCUACUAGGAUUGUUAAGAAGCUGACAAGUCACAUAUUGAGUUUGAAGCCCGAACCUGACCAGAUGGAAGCGACACUGGAGGAAGCUGCUGCAAGAGCACGAGUGAGGAAUGAAUUGAAGAAUUUGCUCCCGUACAUGCAAUCUAUGAUCCAAGAAGUGGUGACGAAAAAUUUUGCACCAAAGCAGCCUAAAAUCUUCAAAGUAAUGAUUUACGGUGAGCCCUAUCUCCCGUCUCGCCAAGUAAUGGAGCCGUUUUUACAACAAUAUCAGCCCCAUACGGUGUCUCGCUCCGAGAAGAUGUUCAAUACGACCUUGGUUAAACUGACCAAGGCGUCUUGUUACUCUCAGCUGCUGGCCAAGGACGGACAUGUUAUGAUCGAUAACUGCAAGCUAAUAAUACGCCCCGUCGACGUAGCGAAGUACUCCAUACCAGCGUAUAUAAAGUUCGAUCUUUGCAAUAUGUCGUCCCUUACACGGGUUCAAGAUGAAGCUCUGACGGAGGACACAUGGGAAGAAUGGUAG